UUAAUGUAAAAUCCCAAACGUAUUAUAACAGUAAAUAUCAUAAAACACAUUUCAUUCUAAUAGCAAAAAUAUAAUAACUUGUAUUAAUUGUAUUGAUUACCUGAAAUGAGUUCUAAUGAUAAAAUCGUCAAAGUUUCAAAUGACAACCACAAGGACAUAUAAAUGAUGAACAUAUAUGAUUGUUUUUUGGACAGUCAACAUGUACUUUGUAAGAGUUUAUUUCUGUCGAAGGAGGAUAUUAUUGUUUUUUAGACAGUGAUACAAAACUGUAUAUUUUAAUAAAGCAUAUAAGCUGCACGGUAUACAUUGGAGGAAGAAUGAUGUAACAGUUCGUGUAUUGACAAUGAUGAUAAUUGAUGAAUAAGUAAAAAGUAUUCGAUUCACAGUCUACAUACGAGAUAAUCAUGCUGCCUACUAAUGAGAAAAUCUUAAAAGCGAAUUUCAUUAUUUAACUAUUCAUGGACUGAUUAUGGACAAUGAUUUAGAAAUUCGAAAACAUUGUUAUAUGUACAAUUUGACAACAAAGUGGUAACUGUACAAAUGUGACAAAUGGCGUUGAAUAAAUUGAUAUGUUUUCUACUGCUUUUGCUUAAUAGUGGAAAACCUAAUUUUGGCUCUACUCUAUCUGAUGUUAGCAGAUUAUAUACAAAAAUGGUAACGGACUACAAUAAAAAGAUUAGACCAGGAGAUGACCAAUCAGUUGCUGCACAAAUUAAUGUUUCUUUCAAUUUGGGUGCCAUUCAAGAAUUCGACGAAGUAAACGGAAAAUAUGCCGUCAUUGGAUUUUUUCAAAUCACAUGGUAUGAUUCAAGAAUGACUUGGAAUCCACUAGACUUCAAUAAUACGAACACUAUGUUGUUUUUACAAGAUGAUAUAUGGAAACCAACACUUGUUAUUACAAAUCCAUUCAGUAAAAUCGAAAAGAUUGGAAAAGAUUUUAUGACGGUAAGAUAUUCUAGCAAUGGUUUUGCAUACUGGACACCAGGUGAAAUUUUAAUUAGUUCAUGUAGUGUGGAUAUUACGUACUUCCCGUUUGACGAACAGAUUUGUACAAUACGUUUGAUGGCAUGGGGAACUUCAUCAAAUGAAAUUGUGUUGCUGUCAUCUUCUGACAUUAACAUGAAUUAUUAUUUAGAACAUGGGAGUUGGAAGAUAAAUUCUGCGUCUGCCAAAAGUAUGGUAGAUGGUUCGAUUGGUUUGUCAUUCAUUGAUAUGUCGAUUUCAAUGAAGAGACGUCCAGGUUUUUAUGUUGUAAACAUUGUACUUCCUGUUAUAUUUCUGAUGUUGUUAAAUGCAUGCGUAUUUGUUUUACCGCCAAACUCAGGAGAACGAGUUUCAUAUGCUAUAACUGUAUUACUUGCAUUAGCUGUAUUUUUGACUUUGAUCGGAGAUAACCUGCCUAAAACAUCUGAACCAAUGGCUUUGCUUAGUUACUUUCUGAUGUUUGGCCUCGUGUUUAGUUCUUUAAUAUGUUUUUGCACUAUUCUAUGUCUUAGGCUUCAAUUGAAAGAUAAGAAUCGUCACAUACCAUCUUUUCUAAAACGGCUGGUAUUGUGUUGUAGACCCGAUAAACCAAGAACAGAGAGAGAAUGGAGUAUUAUAUUAAACAACACAUCAAAUCGUCAAAAUUCAAAUGUGAAUGGCAAUGAAAGUUUAACUACUAACGUCAGGAACGAUGUUUCGUGGAACGACAUCUGUUUAACACUUAAUACAAUCUUUUUAUGGGUUUCAUUUGGAGGAAUCUCAGUUAGUGCAUUGUUAUUCUUCGUUGUUGUUACAAAGUCGAUUUAGAUAAUAGAGUAAAGUAAACAAGAUUUUCAAAGAAAAGAGAAUGUACGAAAGGGCCACUUGAAAAGUUCGAUUGAAUUCGUAAAGACACAAUAUAAAAAUAUCGAAACAUAACCUUCAGAUGUUGACCUGACAUCAGGAUAAAAUUACCACGACUAGGUAUUUUGCUACGAGAUGUCUAAAAAAGUUGUUUAUUGAUAUGAAAUAUCUUUUUGGGUUAGGUUUAAGUAACUACUAAUUUUAUAAAAAAUCUCUUUAAAAAUGACAAUCUCAUGUCAUAUAUGUCAAUCUGUACAUUUCCAUACGAAUAGUUCUGAACCUAAGUGUCCAGAUUUCAUUAUGCUAUUUACAUAUAAAAGAAAAUAAAGUUUGGUCCUUAUAGUACCUCCUCAUUUGUUUCCAAUUGAUAUAGAAAUGGAAAGAACAGAAUGACUUUUAGAAUAUUCAUUGUCAAAAGAAUGAUACAAAAGUUUGCUGUACAAAAUUGAGGGACUGAAAAUAAAAACCAACAUUUAGAUAAACAUACGUUUAAAUAAUGUUAAGAAUACUGAACAAUAUAUACUUUAAUAAAGUACUUUCCAGAAUUUUGUUAAUUGAAACGAAAUGUAAAUAAAAGAGUAAUAUUAUAAAGCCAUCAGCACUAUUCCUUUUAAUGUCAUAAAGUCUAGGAUGAAAGGGGAAGAUGUGCUAGUCCGUCAUUUGGAUAUAUUGUAUUAUUCACAUGCUUAUCACAUUUGAAGAUAAACGAUUUCAUAUUUGUUAAAGAGGGAACUGAGUAGUUUACUUCUAUAUGGUCUGGAAUAUUUAUGUUAUUAUAGAAAUGAAUAGAAAUAAAACGGGUAUUUAGCAUACCAAGAUAAUAGCUGUAUCAUCGCUUUCUGAUCAUUUACUGAUUGUAAAUAUCAUUUUUUUCGAUGAUUUGCAGGAUAUUAAUUAUAAAAUGAAAAACGCCAAUUUUAUAAAGACAAGUACGUUAGUUUAAACUUUAUUAUUACUAGAAAUGUCUUUAUAAUCAUUUGCAGUAAUUGAAUUAAUUACCUUUAAUGAGUUUUUGUGCUUAUAACAUCAUAUAACCUACAAAUUAAUAUACAGCAGAAAGUAUGUAUAUAUUUUCAUGCUUGUAGGCCAGAGUUUUCUUCCCACUUUCUUUACUAUUUUUUCCACAUUUUAAA